CUCCAUGCCUCUCUCCUGCACCCAGACUAUUGCAUGAACGCUCAGACUGUGCUGCUUCUCCGCGUCAUUGCUGCCUUCUGUUUCCUGGGCAUCAUCUGCAGCCUCUCAGCCUUCCUGCUGGACGUCUUUGGACCCAAGCACCCAGCUCUGAAGAUCACACGGCGUUAUGCCUUCGCUCACAUCCUCACCGUCCUGCAGUGUGCUACCGUCAUUGGGUUCUGCUACUGGGCUUCGGAGCUGAUCCUGGCACAGCAGCAACAGCACAAGAAGUACCACGGCUCCCAGGUCUAUGUCACCUUCGCUGUUAGCUUCUACCUUGUGGCAGGGGGUGGCGGGCGGCACUACCCCACUGAAGAGGAGGAGCAGGCCCUGGAGCUGCUGUCAGAGAUGGAGGAGAACGAGGCCUACCCAGCUGAGUAUGAGGUUAUCAACCAGUUCCAGCCACCCCCGGCCUACACGCCGUGACACCGCCCCCACCACUCAGGACUCCCAUCCCUGGGGGAGGGAGGGGCACUCACCAGUGCUUCGCUUCCCAGGCAUCGCAUUCGCCCUCACAACCCCUAUGUGGGGAAAGAGACCAAUGACCAGUGACUCUGUCACCCCUCCCACUGCCCCCGCUGCUGGGUUCACAGCCAUCUCAUGACUCAAACACCCACUUCUCUGGCCACGCCUGGGUCGUCAGCUCCAGCUGCCCUCACAGACUCUCACCAUGCACCCCCAAAACUCUUCCCCCCUCCCCCCCAGCCUGGAGGCAGGGCAGCAUGCCUGGGCGUGUGAAAUGCAUGUGUUGGGGGGCUUCACACCAUGGCAUUGUGCUCUCAUUCCACCUAAAUGGAAGCCAUGUGGCUAUUGCUGCCAGCAUUGAAGUGAAUCCUGAUACUCUGGCCAUGUGCCCCUGAGGAGACGUAUCACUCAUACUGAUGCACACACCUGCAGAGAGGUGUUACAAUUCUACCAAGGCAUUUGCAGGUGGGCUUCUCCCAUCAACCAUGUGCUGGUGAAUACAAAGGAAGAUCCUCUGUGCUGAAGGGUCCAGCCAGCCUGCCACAGCCACAUCAUCUGCACUCCUGCUCUGACCCUGGCUGUUUUCACAAGUGUCUGCACUUUAUACUCUGGGUGUCACAGUUCCUUCAGCCCUGUCUGGGGGGAGUUGGUUAGUGCCAGCCACUGCUUCUCCCCGUCAGACCCUCAAUGAUCAGCUUCCGAGUGCUGCACCAGAGAUGGAUGGAUAGAAGGAGGCAGGAACUGGCUCUGUCAAAGCAGUGAUCCUUUCAGAUGUGGAGGGAGCUGUCAUGGAAACUCUAAGGGGUCCAACUGCCAUGACAACAGCAGAUAGCUGUCCAUCUCCUUGGGGUCCGAACUGGACCCCUUCCAUACAGCAACAGCUGGAGCCUGCUUUGCUAGAAAGCCAUGAAGUCGGUGGCUCUAGGCUGGCAUCUUGGUCUCCAUUUAUGCACCUGCUAGCUUGUCUUGAGGCAUUCCCCCUCCCUGCCCUUUUAUUCUUUUCAUCCAGAUCCUGUAUUUUCUCACAUACGAUAUGUCUUUCUACCCUAAAAGAAGAGCUGCUGGACCAGGAGUGCAUGUUAUGUGGGAAAUUGGGUAUGAGCUGUUUCUGCCACUCGAGCAGAGGUAAAAUCAGCAGCAGAUCCACAGGGAGCAGAGCAAUGAGAGGGCCGCGCUCCCUUGUUGCAGCUGCUCUGUGUCUAAAGUGUGUGGCUAAUUCCAGGGCAUGUUCUGUGCCAGAAAAUACAGCAGUUUUCUUUCCUGUGGUUAGUCCCUUAGCUGUCCUGGCCUGGACCUAAAGGCUGAGGGCCAUGGCUUUUCAAGGAGCCACCAGGGAGCAGCACCCACUGGGUAUCUCUGCUCCCUACCCACCUUGCUGUGAAGGUUCCCUUGUCAUCCAUACAGUGCCUGUCCUAAGCACCACCAGCAUAGGCACAGCUCAUACCAGCUCACAUGUCAUUUGAGGGGCCAGAGAGAUUCUGUGGGGUGCUCUAUAGCCAGCGGCCAGUCCAGCCUUCCCCUUCUCUUCCACCUCAGUCUCCUGGUCAAUCCAACUUGGGCUGUUCAACCUACAGCCCAAGAUACAUCAGGCAGUGGCUGCCGCGAGCUAGCCAUACAGGGCCAAGAUGCCUCCACAGAGGCUGCUGUGGCAUCCUCCAUGCCCAGCUUGGCUGCCAGUGGCCCCUCCCGGUGUGGGCCUGAGACUUGACAUUCAGCUAUUGUCUCCAUAAAGACGGGUCCUCCACCCCUGUACGAUUGUCUCUAUAAAGAUGGGUCCUCCACCACUGUACAAUUGAUGCUCAGGGCUCACCGCCACCUGGGGAAAAUCCAGAGCCUGAGCCUGGAUGUUUCCACCUGAUGAAGGGACCCGGAGCUGCUCCAGGCAUGGCAUUGGUCAGCCACACACGUGUCCGCUUCAGCCCCACUCCUUCACACUGGUGACAGACAGCCCCGCUGGCUGCUCCCAUCUGUCCCUCCACAUUCUUCUGAUUGUUUCUUUUCUAGAGAAAAUAAAAAGGCUGUAAGUAA